GCUCGGCGAAAUGACAGAAACUGCGGAACACUGGAUGUUCACCGUGUUCUGGUUGUUACUGGACGAUCCGAAAUGUUUAGACAUAACUCGUUUGAAGGAGGACAUGUCUGCCAGACUGAAGGCAAUAGCUGAAACAAAGACCACCACGUUUGAUGAGUUCCAGACAUGGUUGGAUAUUGAAAGGCGCAGGCGCACUGCGGUCUUGAAUCGGUUCGCAACCCAUGUCACAGAGAGAACUCAGGGGGAAUCACAACGACGGAAUAUCACGUUUUGUGUCAGCCCUGGCAAGUGUGUGCUGAAGGAGGGGUGGGCAUCCUACGAUAGCCAAGCGUAUACUACAGGUUCGCUAUCUUCUUCGGGACGCAGUGUCGUUGACCUCUUGGCCUUCGCAGAAGACUGUAUUCGGCACUGUGUGGAAACCGUGGAAGAAUACGGUCUUUGUGACGAGGGUGUAACGUCUGUUAAGGAUGACCUUCCUAGCAAUAUGGCGUCUCUGUUGAGAAGUUGCGCGGACGUCAUGGAUGCCCUGCAACACACUCGAGGUAGGUUGUUGGGUAGAGAACUGACGGUGACAUGUGUGAAUGAAGUUGUCAUGGAAAGUGCAGAAGGUAAAAGGUCGAAGGCGAGUGAAGAACUCGACACAACAAUGCAAACGUCCAGAGGGAUCGGGACCAGUGUCGUGGAACUUGCGCCUGCGCCGCAUCCCCUGCUCGUAUGCACCGAUGUUGCAGCACUGAACUGUCACCAGGGCGAGUUGAGGCUUAACGAUUUUUUGUACGACAGUUUUGAUUGCGGAACGCCAUGGGUGAUUGGUGGGAACGAUGCAGCAGCGAGAACGGUGUUCCCCGAGAAUGAUGCAAGGAGGGAUCCUAGGUGGGGUUUAGUGCCAUAUGAGAUCCCGAUUACAUGUGGCCGGGUGAGGAUGCAGAUGCGUGAUGCCAUGGGAAAUGUCUGGAACACGCAUUAUAUCAAUGGCAGGUUCUCCUUCAGGCAUCUCAACAGGGAGGUGUCAGAAGAGGAGAAGAAGACAAUGACAUGUCCCCCUCAUACUGCUGGGUUUUUCCCACCGCUUCGGAACCCUAUGGAGUUGGAGGUGGUGGACGGGAAACUGUUCUCUGGUGAGGAUGCAGCUGCAAGAGGGCAGGAAACCAUGUAUGAUGGACUAUGGUCGCAAAUAUGGGACCAUGUCACAUUGAGGCGUGACGUUUUGACUGCCACAGACAUUGGGGCCCAUGUCAUCCCUGAGGGACAGUUGCAGCGGCAUAUGGCCCCUGAAAAGUAUGGCUAUCACGUCAAUUGGGUCCCGGGAUGUUUGCAUCCAGCAGUGGUUGAUGGCAAGGUGACGAUGGCAUCAAAGCUGCAGUCAGGGCAGUGGCUCCCAUUGGGAUGGAUGCAUGCAUGCAUUGUGGAGCAUUGGCAGUUGCGGGUUGUUCAGGCACGUGUCUCAAUUUUCAAUGUAAAUGUUAAGGACCACGUGCCGUUGGUUGAACACGCAAAGCGCUGUUGGGAGAAGAUCAGGGAGGAGGACCGUCAGAUGGUGUGUGCGGGUUACGACUCCAUGGCAGACCAGGGGAUGUGGUCCAUGGUUGAGGGGAGUUCCGCUGGGCAAGAGCACGGCAACGGUGAGAACAUAUACAUGGCUCACAUUCGUCGCAGGCACUGUUGCACAACCCUUCUUGGCUGGGUCCCAGUCGUAUGUCCCAUGACAUACGAGCAUGGUGGAGACGUCACCAUGACAUUCACAGACCCGCUUGGUGUGCCUUUCCAUCUGACCUACCUAGAUGGACUCCUGCGAGACAUUCGGUUUGUCGUGGAGAACGACUUGGCAGGUGGAUCGACGUGGAAGGGCAAGAGGACAGAGAAGCGCUCCGAAAUUUCCCGUUUGUCUGCUGAGGUGGAGGGCGCAUGUGGUCCUGGUGGCAGCGCAGGGUGCUCUGCAGCACAGGGGGACACGGCCGGCCCAAGUCACGCUACGAUGCCAUUCUUGCGGAUCGUGCGCGAGGUUGUGGAGGAGACUAUUGCUCCUGGUGCGGGCGUGAGGUUUCAGAUGACGGCGGUGCGUGCUUUGAUGGAGGCUGCCGAGGCAUGCCUGGUUGCCAAUUUCGAGAACACCAACGAGGUCGCGAUCCACUCGAAGAGGGUGACGAUCCAGGUCAAGGACAUGAGGCUGGUGGAUAGGUUGUCGAAGCCCCGCUGGGUGAAGAAAUAUGAAGAGAGAAGAGGACAAAAGACAAACUGUACCAUCAUGUCGAUGUCGGUAGCACAGGUGGAGAAGGCUUUUGUUGAGGUAAUGAAGUAUGCAGCGGAGGGCAUCCACUACAACGGUGACAUCGAGUUCUCUUUGCUGAAGGAGAGGGUGCCGAGGUACUUCGCAGUCAGUGUGGAUAUGAGAUCCACAAUCAUGGCAAAUGUCGAGGGCUGUGUCAAGGCACGAAUGCUCUUGCAACGCUUCAGAGAGUCACCACAUGUACGUGUGGACAACGAAGUGAAACACAGUCCUUAUAGUUUAAAAGGAGUGGUUCAGUGGAUGUGCAACGAAGGGAUGUGCGAAGAUGGAGACGUGGACAUGACAAUGCACCAAAAAGGGGGAACGUAUGCACCUGCAGAUUUCAAAAAGUUGCUGGGCACUAUGGCGAAGAACUCCGACAUGCUUGUUGAUGGGUCCAAGGACGAGUUGAAAAGUGGUGGUGCAGAGAUCUUGAUAGCAGAUACAGAGGAGGUACUGCUUGCAGAUAUCUUCAAUGCUAACACUAUGGAGAGAGAUCAGUGUGAUGUUGGAUUCGAAGACGCCGAUUUGGCAAGUUGUCUUGCAAUAUACACAGACAAUGAAGAUAUAGAAGAAGAUGAAGAAGAGGAUGAGGAGGCAUCGUCUUCUGACAUGGAGGUGAGCGGCAACGAUGUCAGCAGCGACAAGGCAGACGAGGAAGAUGAUGUUUACUAUGAUUUGAAGGGGGCUGGUGGACAAAUGUCAAAAGGUUGGGCACAUGCAGUUCUGAGGUUGGCAAGUGCUUUCCCCGAUCCGCACAAUGUGCUGCGUGUUGUGAUGAAGAGGGCAACACCUGACGGUGCUCUAUGGUAUGCCGCAGUCACCACUAUAAUGCAAGCUGCAACAAGGGGAAAAAGUAGUCUCAAAAUGGACAGCGGUCCACGGGUAUGCGACUGUGGCAGACCUUUCAUGUCCUUACGAACUUUGAAUUCACAUCGUGCGAGGGCAUGCCCGGCUGUGGUGGACGAAAGAGCACAAGGGCAGGAGAUGGGUGUUGUUGACGCCUGCGGGCCAUCAAACAUAGGUGCAGUGAAUCUCGUGAGCGAUGAGAGCGAGGACAUUGGAGCCCCCGAGAACGUUGACGGGGAGGGCGGGUCAUUCGCAGAGCAGCAACCGCCGCCUGCCGAGUCUUUUGACAACUCGCACAAGCUUGCGGCACUGAUUUUCUCUGCCAGGGGCGGCGUCGGUAUGUCGCAGAGUGACAUAGAUGCUCUCUUGUCACUUCUCAAAGACCCGAGAUUCAGCACGACAGACAUUGUGUACCGUAAUAGUCGAGAGUGUUUGAUAUGGGCAGGCAGUCUAGCAGAGGCUACGGGAUGGAAGGAGUCAUCUGCCGGUGCCGAGAACCGUCCGCCCAGGGCCCCCGAGAAGAGGUCGCGAGAAGAUCAAAUCACAAAGGUGCACCGCAGAACAAAGAAAAGAAUCUCCUACAAAAAGGACACAACAGUGGACAUAAUCGAUCUGAGAGGGUCGGACAAUGUGCAUAGCGGAGCCCGAGAGGAAGCAGAGGAGGAACACGACCACCCCUCAUUGGAAAAGUCCGACAGGGAGGAUGACAACGUGUCAAGGGACGAGGUCGACGACAGUGAGACCUCCCACGGACAUCCUCGCGACACUGACGAGGCUGACGACGACGACGGCGGGAGUGACGACGGCACCGCGCAUGAAGAGAGUGACGAUGGGUCAGCGCAAGACGACAGAAGCGUAUCUAGAAGAGCGAUAGAUGACACGAACUCGCAAGCAAAAGUGUGCGCGAAUAGUGGAGGACAACAUCAAGUGAAUGAAGAGUCCGACGCAUUCACAAAGAGAAUGAGGGGCAGGCUGUUCCGCUCGGUCGCGAAAGCCUUUGCGUUCCCCAUAGCAAAGGACGCAACUCUGUACCCUACAGAGGAUGCAUUUUUCACAUCGCUGCAAACCACGACCAAACUGAUGGGGGAGAUUGUGGAGGAAGGACUGCGCUCACAUGUAGCGUCGUGCGGGAUUCGAGCAGUCAUAGGGGAGUGCAACAGAAUGAUGACGACCGUGCGUGGGGAAAUAACAUGGCAACUGAAACAUUGGUUUUGGGCUGAAAAAAGGAUCCCGCUUUUGCGGUGGCAGCAAACAGAUCACCAGCUCCCCACUCGCAACAAGAUGCGAGCAAAGAUGAAGGAAAAUAAAACGUGGAGACGGAGCGGCGAUGAUCCUUGGGGCGCCACUGCCUUCAAGACGACACUCACCAAGGUUUUUCAGAUGAGGAGGGACGGCGUCAACCUUGGAGUGACACUGCAGCAAUUGGUUUUUGCGGAAAUAAUUAUGGAAUGCGAAAUGGAGCAGACAACAAAGACCACCAAAGCAGCGGAGCAGAUUGAAAAAUUGGUUUCUAUAAAGCAAGACAUCGUAUCAUCUCUUCGUAGUCGCGAUUCAGUCAUGAGUUUUUCGAUCUUCAAGCUUGAUCAUGCCGUAUCCGUAGCUGAGAAGGCUGCUGCACUGUUUCGAGUUGGUGUGCCGUCUGUCCACAGGAGUGGGCCUCCUACCACCACAAUAACGGAUGAUGAUUUCGACCUCGAGUUCAUUGCACCUCAGCGUGAGAAAAGCAGAGACGAGGACAGGGAUACAAAAGCCGAGGAGUUUGACAACCUCCUAUCGACUUUGCAGCCUAGCGUUGCGGCCCUCCUUUGCGAGUAUCGCGAUGUUUUUCCUCCGACUGUCUCUUAUAGCAGCAUCCCUCCUAUGCACGAUAUCGAGCACCACUUCCGGCUCGAACCUAACUACCGUAUUCAGCAUCGCGCACCAUAUCCCCUCUCGGUUCCCGAAGCCAAGGAACUUAAACGCCUAAUUGACGAGUUGCUUCGUCAGGGCUUCAUUAAACCGAGUACGUCCCCAYGGAGUGCACCUGUCCUCUUCGAUCACAAGAAGGAUGGCACUCUCCGCCUCUGCCUCGAUUACUGCGGUCUCAACGAGUAUACGGUCAGAAACAGUUACCCUAUGCCUCGUGCGGAUGAUCUGUUCGACUGCCUCUCCGGCCACCACUUCUUCAUGAAGAUCGAUCUUCGUAGCGGAUAUCACCAGAUCCGCGUAGCCGAGGAGGACCAGCCUAAGACCACUUUCCGUUCUCGUUUUGGGCACUACGAGUUUACCGUCAUGCCUUUCGGUCUCCGUAAUGCCCCUGCCACCUUCCAGACGGCUAUGAACACGAUGUUCCAAGACCUUCUUGAGGACUCGGUUCUAGUCUAUAUUGACGACAUCCUGGUCUACAGUCGUACCUUAGAGGAGCAUCUGACCCACCUUCGCACUGUCCUCGAGCGAUUACGCGACCAUGGGUUUUAUGCGAAGCUCUCCAAAUGCCACUUCGCUCAACCCAAAGUCGACUUCCUUGGGCAUCAGGGGCAGUACAGAGUUAAGUGCAAUCUGUGGGGCGCAGAUUGGGUCGCGUCGUACACGCGUGUGUGGCCGCACUUCACACGGAAAACUAAUCCAUGCCCCGCGCGUUAUCCGGAGAUGCUUCACAUCCUAGCUGCAAAGGGGCAUGCGAUUGACUGCAAGAAGACAUUGCGGCUCAUCCAAUUGUAUCGGAUAGAGCACAACAUCCCCCAGGACGGUUUGGUUUCUGCAAUUCCGGAGGUGGAGGCACAAGGGGACACAGUGGAUGCGUUCAUAGUGCCACCGACAGCACGACAGAGCAGAACGGUGCCGACUGUGGAAGUUGAUGAAGACGCAAGAGAGGGGGUUGUGGAAGAAGGUGGUGGAAUGCCGGGGACGUCUGCGCAGGGAUCCGCUGCGGGCCCWAAAUCCGGGAAGUUGCGCAAUCAUCGAUCAAAAGGUGGGCAACCAACGAUUCGCAGCAGAUUGGAUGUGGCAUGGGGGAUGCACCUUUUUCGACACGGCGCCCCAUUCAACUACGUCAGGACGAAAGAGACACAGGAGCUGCACGACUUGUACCUCGAGUUGGGGGAGAAAAGGCAACGGGUGAAGAUGCCUUCCUUGGAGGUCAUCCGAACUGUUGUGUUGGACAUCAUAUACAACAAGGAAUCUUCAGCUGCUGGACAUCAAGAAGAAGAAGAAUACAUCUUGGGAGGGUACUUGGACAUGUGGGCUACAUUCUUCGAUGAAGUGGAGGCACCAACGCCGAAUGAUCCUGCAAUGUUGCCAAGGGCUGCAACCACAGCAGACUUGAGUGACGAAGAAGUGGCCCGCCGGGCAAAUCUAAAGAAGAUCCCCCGAGCUAAAGUCAUGAAGCCUCAUGUCCUUGAUGGAUCAACCUCAACGGACAACAGUGAUGAUGGGGAGGACCUACUUUGGAGAGGCAAAGGCAAGAACAAAAAGGUUGUUGUCGAUGACGGCGAAGGCAAGGCGCAGAUCGAUGGCAAAGGCAAGGUGCAGAUUGAUGUGGACGAUGAGGAAGAGGAUAUUGAGGAGAGCGAGGAAGUUCACGAGAACUUUACUUUGCGGUCGCCAAGAGUGAGCGACAUAUCUAGCGACGACAACGAGCUGGAUGACGACCUCACACGUAACAUGGAGCGGGGUUACAUUGAUAGUGACCUGGAGUUCUUGCGGCCUCGGGGGAUGGACUUCAACGCAUGCGUCGAGCUGGACAAGGACCUCGAUGACGACGCUGAGAGGGCGAGGGCGCAGUCCCUUGCUCAUCGUGAUCGCGCCCUUAUGGAGCAAUGGAUACAAGAAGACGCAGCAAAACGAAGUGUUGUCCCCCCUCCAAUGAGGAUGAACUAUACCACAGCGGGAAUAGGCAGAUGUCUACCGGCGGAGGGGGUUCAGCAGCAGCGGCAUGCAGAAGGCAUGCAACGGGAACAACAAGAGGAAGACCAGCAUGAGCAGCACAAGGAUGGAGCGCAGGAGCAGCAGCAGCAGACAAAGCAGGAUGCACCGCAGCAGCAUCAGCAGCACAAGGAUGGAGCGCAGCAGCAGCAGCAGACAAAGGAGGAUGGAACGCAGCAGCAUCAGCAGCAAGAGCACGAUGGUCCACAUAAGCAACUAGAGCACGAUCCGCUGCAGCAGCAGCAAAAAGAAAACGUGAGUGCAACGGGAGUCGCUCGAGUGUACUCCAGGCGGCCUCCAGUGCCCAGUGCAGCAGCAGUCCGGGGUGUGGUUCUAACCCUUCCUUUCCCUGCGCAGGUCAAGGACGUGCAGCACGACAACUUGGACGUGAGCCUGGCGGGAAGGAAGAAGAAGGUGCAGCCUGACACAUGUCCAAAAGUGGCAAGGAAAAAGGGGGCGCCCGCGAAAGUACCCACUUCAGCCAGCUCCAUCAGCUUGCGCUCCGGCGGGGCAGGCACUUCGACGGGGAAGGAGGCGAUGGGUUCGGACCAUAGAGGCACACGCGUAAAGGAACCGUUUCAGCCGCAGCCUGAGGCAAGACAGUUGAAACUGCAGGCGGCGAAGUGGGUGACGCAUGGGCAGAUGGUCCCGCCAUUGUCGAAGGGGCAGUACAGAGUUAAGUGCAAUCUGUGCGGCGCAGAUUGGGUCGCGUCGUACACGCGUGUGUGGCCGCACUUCACACGGAAAACUAAUCCAUGCCCCGCGCGUUAUCCGGAGAUGCUUCACAUCCUAGCUGCAAAGGGGCAUGCGAUUGACUGCAAGAAGACAUUGCGGCUCAUCCAAUUGUAUCGGAUAGAGCACAACAUCCCCCAGGACGGUUUGGUUUCUGCAAUUCCGGAGGUGGAGGCACAAGGGGACACAGUGGAUGCGUUCAUAGUGCCACCGACAGCACGACAGAGCAGAACGGUGCCGACUGUGGAAGUUGAUGAAGACGCAAGAGAGGGGGUUGUGGAAGAAGGUGGUGGAAUGCCGGGGACGUCUGCGCAGGGAUCCGCUGCGGGCCCWAAAUCCGGGAAGUUGCGCAAUCAUCGAUCAAAAGGUGGGCAACCAACGAUUCGCAGCAGAUUGGAUGUGGCAUGGGGGAUGCACCUUUUUCGACACGGCGCCCCAUUCAACUACGUCAGGACGAAAGAGACACAGGAGCUGCACGACUUGUACCUCGAGUUGGGGGAGAAAAGGCAACGGGUGAAGAUGCCUUCCUUGGAGGUCAUCCGAACUGUUGUGUUGGACAUCAUAUACAACAAGGAAUCUUCAGCUGCUGGACAUCAAGAAGAAGAAGAAUACAUCUUGGGAGGGUACUUGGACAUGUGGGCUACAUUCUUCGAUGAAGUGGAGGCACCAACGCCGAAUGAUCCUGCAAUGUUGCCAAGGGCUGCAACCACAGCAGACUUGAGUGACGAAGAAGUGGCCCGCCGGGCAAAUCUAAAGAAGAUCCCCCGAGCUAAAGUCAUGAAGCCUCAUGUCCUUGAUGGAUCAACCUCAACGGACAACAGUGAUGAUGGGGAGGACCUACUUUGGAGAGGCAAAGGCAAGAACAAAAAGGUUGUUGUCGAUGACGGCGAAGGCAAGGCGCAGAUCGAUGGCAAAGGCAAGGUGCAGAUUGAUGUGGACGAUGAGGAAGAGGAUAUUGAGGAGAGCGAGGAAGUUCACGAGAACUUUACUUUGCGGUCGCCAAGAGUGAGCGACAUAUCUAGCGACGACAACGAGCUGGAUGACGACCUCACACGUAACAUGGAGCGGGGUUACAUUGAUAGUGACCUGGAGUUCUUGCGGCCUCGGGGGAUGGACUUCAACGCAUGCGUCGAGCUGGACAAGGACCUCGAUGACGACGCUGAGAGGGCGAGGGCGCAGUCCCUUGCUCAUCGUGAUCGCGCCCUUAUGGAGCAAUGGAUACAAGAAGACGCAGCAAAACGAAGUGUUGUCCCCCCUCCAAUGAGGAUGAACUAUACCACAGCGGGAAUAGGCAGAUGUCUACCGGCGGAGGGGGUUCAGCAGCAGCGGCAUGCAGAAGGCAUGCAACGGGAACAACAAGAGGAAGACGUUCAGCAGCACCAGCAGCGAGAGGAAGGCCUGUAGGAGCAAAGACAAGAGGAGGGCCUGCAACAACAAGAUGAUCGGCAGCAACAGCCAGAGGAAGGACUGCAGCAGCAGCAGGUGCAACAACAGGAUGAUCGGCAGCAACAGCAGC